CUGCGCCUGCGCCGUAUGCAACCCAAUUAACAGCAGUCGAGUGAAUCAGAAUUAUUCGCGAUAAGGAAAAGUUGGUAUUCACAUGUGCAAAUUAUCCAAAUUAUCAGCGGCAAGAUGUUAAUUAAAGAAUACCGAGUAACUUUGCCCCUGACGGUGGAAGAGUAUCAAGUUGCUCAAUUGUUCAGCGUCGCCGAGGCUUCCAAAGACAACACAGGCGGCGGGGAGGGGAUCGAAGUGCUCAAGAAUGAGCCCUUCAACAACUACCCGCUCCUGGGGGGCAAAUACACCUCGGGCCAGUACACGUACAAAAUCUACCACUUGGCGAGCAAAGUCCCGGCUUUCAUACGGCUGCUGGCCCCCAAGGGCAGUCUAGAGAUACACGAGGAGGCCUGGAACGCCUAUCCGUACUGCCGUACAGUCAUAACGAAUCCUGGAUAUAUGAAAGAGAAUUUCGUUAUUUGUAUUGAAAGUAUGCACAUUGGCGACACGGGAUCACAAGAUAACGUCCACGAGCUUCCAGCCGACAAGCUCAAGCAGCGUGAAGUUGUCCACAUAGACAUAGCCAACGAUCCCAUUUCAGCCAGCGACUACAAGGAAAAGGAGGAUCCGAGCAAAUUCAAGUCGGAGAAAACCGGUCGGGGGCCGCUGGUCGGCCCGAACUGGAAGAACACCGUCCAGCCGGUCAUGACAUGCUACAAGCUCGUGACCGUGGAGUUCAAGUGGUUCGGUCUGCAGAGCCGCGUAGAGAGUUUUAUACAGAAGUCGGAGCGGCGGCUGUUCACCAACUUCCAUAGGCAAGUGUUCUGUUGGAUGGAUUUGUGGCAUGGGUUGACUAUGGAGGAUAUCAGGGCAAUAGAGGACAGAACGCAGGAGGAGCUGGACAAGCUGCGCCAGAAGGGGGAGGUGCGAGGCAUGAAAGCGGAAACGGACUAAACAAAUUGCAUAUUUAGUGAAUAUUUAAUUUAAAUUUCGUCACAGGCAACACCGUCAAUUUCAUUCAAAGCGAACUGUUCCGAAACGCCUGCACGGUUUUAUUACUAGUAACUAGUAAAUUGAGGUUUUUGUUUUAUUUUUUAUUAUUACUACUAUAAGUGAAUUAAAUGCAUUUAAUAUGGUAAUGAAUGUGAUUUAUUUGGUGUUUUUUAAGGAUUAGAGAGUUACCAAGGGUUUAUUAGAGAGUCGGUGCAGUUCGUUGGUUAUGUUGUGUUCUACAAAGAAAAUAAUGAAAUAUGCAAAACUAGACGACUACGACUUGUAUUGUUUUAACCUAAAUUGAACUAUUUAUUUUAUUUAUUUUCAUUAUUUUCCUUAAUAAACACUCAUUCCUUAUUAGUUUUUUUUUUCGUGACCGCUUGAGAACAAGUUUGUUGCAAUACGAGAUAAAAACAAAAAACCAUUUUGACAAGUUUCUGCAUCGUACUUUACACUAUAUUGUAUAAAUGUUAUUGAGUAGUUGUUACAUUAUUGUUAGAAUUUGGGAACAUGUUGACAAUAUAUCUAGGACUUGUAAAAAUUGUCGUAGUUAGUGCCGGCUCGCCCCACACAUUUUUCUAUGACAAAUGGGGCCCCGGUAGCAUCGUCAAAAUGGUUUUUCCUAGCGAACGAGUCAAUUAUGAUUGUUUUUAGACCGGUCCUGACCUCAAAAGGCGCGACAAAUACUUAAUUUCAACGUAGUAUUAUAGUUAGGUUUUUUAUUGCUGCUGGUUCUUUAAUAAUUUCUUCAAUAUACAUAAUACGUGGCUACAGUUCCAGUAAUCAACAAUUCAUGUUGGCAUUUUUAAAUGUGUACGUGUAAACUAUUAAUUUUAAAAUGCAUUCUAGUUUCUAGUUCCAGUAUGUAUGUAAUGUGUAAAAAGUUGUACACAAAACGUUAAUAAAACUUAGGAGUAACCAUG